GCACUCAUCUGGCCGGUCGGGUCGGCUCAAGCGGGAGGCGACGAGCAGGAAGCCUACGGCUGGGGAAGAUCCAAAGGCCCAGCCCGCCCUGUGGCAGAGGCGGGCGGACUUUGUCCCCCCCGGAAGACGCCGCGUGAGAUGCUGGCAGCGCCCGCGCCUGUCACCUGAGCAGCCAUGGCAGACCUUUGCAGCGUGCCCCCCGAAUUCCUGGUGCCGGCUGCCAACGAGACGCUGGACGUGGUGCUGGGGAGCCAGGUCGAGCUGAACUGCACCGUGCGCUGGGCAGGCACCGAGCACUGCCAGCCCAUUCCCACCUGGAGCAAGGAUGGGCAGUGGCUGGGCAGCGGGAGCAGCCAGGACACUGUCUGGUCUGGCCAAAACUCCUCAGAGCAGCUCCUGGCCAGCGUCCUGCAGCUCAACCUCACCCACGAUGCUGAUUUCGGGGUGUUUGCCUGCUGGAUCAGCAAUGCCACGGCCACCUUCACCCUGCGGCGAGCCGAGGCGGUGGGGCAUGUGCCAGCGGUGCUGGCAGCCCUCCUGGUCCUGGUGCUCCUGGUGCUCCUGGCUGUGCUCUACGUCCGGUGCCGCCUGAACGCGCUCCUCUGGUACCGGGACCGCUACGGAGAGCUGGAGAUCAACGAUGGGAAGCUCUACGAUGCCUACGUCUCCCACGCCACUGCCCCCGAUGACCGGAAGUUCAUCCACUUCAUCAUGAAGCCGCAGCUGGAAAACCGCCACGGCUACAAGCUCUUCCUGGACGAGCAGAACAUCCUGCCCAACUCAGAGCCAUCAGCUGACCUCAUCAUGAAUGUCAGCCGGUGCCGGCGCCUCAUCGUGGUGCUCUCCGUCGCGUACCUGGAGCAGGAGUGGUGCAACAGCAGCUUCAGGGAAGGGCUCUGGAGGCUGCUGGAGCUUUCCAGGAAACCCAUCUUCAUCGUCUUCGAGAGCCAGUACCGGGAGAUCACCCACCCUGCCAUCACCCUGCUGAAGCAGCACCGAAGCACAGUGACCCUGCUGGUGUGGAGAGCCGGCUCCAUGACCCCAUCGUCGGACUUCUGGAAGGAGCUGUGCCUGGCCCUGCCGCGCAAGGUGUCCUUCGCGGGGGGAAGGAGCGUGGGGGACCCGCAGACCCAGCUGCAGGAGGACAAGGACCCCAUGCUGAUCCUGCACAGCAGCUACCUGGACAGCGCAGGAGACCUGGACCCGGACGGGGACCUCGGCACAGGCCUCCGAGGGCGCGUCUUCGGAAGCCCCCCGCCGCCCCGCCUGGGUGGGCGCAGCGCUCCCGGGGCUCCGGCGCCCAGCGGGACGGAGGACGCGCAGCUGCGGGACGGGCAGCGCUCCGAGCUCGACGUCUCGGACCUGGGGUCGCGCAACUACGGCGCCCGCACGGACUUCUACUGCCUGGUGACCGAGGAUGACAUCUGAGCAGGGCCACAGGCGUCCCCCAGCCCCGUGGGGACACACGGAGCAGGUCAGGGCUGAGGAGCCCGGGAGUGUCGAUGGGAUCAGAGCCACGGCUGUGCUGGGAAAGCAGGAGCUGGCUCCAAAGUGGAGAACUGGAAAACCCUCACCAGGAACACCAUGCCUGUAAUACCUCAGUGCCACCCCUGGGUGCCACCCAGGUGGCUGGGCCGUGUCCCUUGCCGUGGGUGGCAGGUAUGUUCUUCCUGCAUGAUGGACAAGCGCUGGGAUGGGUGAUGCUCUCCGAGGAACAACGCGCCCCAGCCCCAGGGAGUGCCUGACAGGAGUGGUGGCAGCGCCUUUGUCCCAGAUGGAAACCCCCGUGACAAUAAAAGGCUGCUGC